AUGAGCCAGCCCAGGCCCCGCUACGCGGUGGACAGAGCCGCGUAUUCUCUCACCCUCCUCGACGAUGAGUUUGAGAAGAAGGACCGGACGUACCCCGUGGGAGAGAAGCUUCGCAACGCCUUCAGAUGUUCCCCAGCCAAGUUCAAAUCCCUGCUCUUUGGGCUGCUGCCCGUGCUCUCCUGGAUUCCCAAGUACAAGAUCAAAGACUACCUCGUCCCUGACGUGCUUGGUGGACUCAGCGGAGGCUGCAUCCAGGUCCCACAAGGCAUGGCAUUCGCUCUGCUGGCCAACCUUCCGCCCGUCAACGGCCUCUACUCCUCCUUCUUUCCCCUCCUGCCCUACUUCUUCCUCGGGGGCAUACACCAGAUGGUACCAGGAACCUUUGCCGUCAUCAGCAUCCUGGUGGGCAACGUCUGUCUGCAGCUGGCCCCAGAGUCCAAAUUCCAGGUUUUCAACAACGCCACCAACGAGACCUACGUGGACGUAGCAGCCAUGGAGGCCGCGAGGCUGCACGUGUCGGCGACACUCGCGUGCCUGACCGCCGUCAUCCAGAUGGGCCUGGGCUUCAUUCAGUUUGGCUUCGUGGCCAUUUACCUCUCCGAGUCCUUCAUCCGGGGCUUCAUGACGGCCGCCGGCCUGCAGAUUCUGAUCUCAGUGCUCAAGUACAUCUUCGGACUGACCAUCACCUCCUAUUCAGGCCCAGGCUCCAUUGUCUUUACCUUCAUUGACAUUUGCAAAAAGCUGCCCGACACCAACAUUGCCUCCCUCAUCUUUGCGCUCGUCAGCGGUGUGGUGCUGACGGUGGUGAAGGAGCUCAAUGCGCGCUACAUGCACAAGAUCCACUUCCCCAUCCCCACGGAGAUGAUCGUGGUGGUGAUAGCGACAGCUAUCUCUGGAAGCUGUAAGAUGCCCCAGAAAUACAACAUGCAGAUCGUGGGAGAGAUCCAACAAGGGUUCCCCUCUCCAGUGUUGCCUGUGGUUUCCCAGUGGAAAGAAAUGUUUGGCACAGCCUUCUCCCUGGCUAUUGUGAGCUACGUCAUCAACCUGGCCAUGGGCCGGACGCUGGCCAACAAGCAUGGCUACAACAUAGAUCCGAACCAGGAGAUCAUCGCCCUGGGUUGCAGCAACUUCUUCGGCUCCUUCUUUAAAAUCCAUGUCAUCUGCUGUGCUCUCUCGGUCACCCUGUCCGUGGACGCAGCUGGAGGGCGUUCCCAGAUCGCAAGCCUGUGCGUGUCUCUGGUUGUGAUGGUCACCAUGCUGGUCCUGGGGUCCUACCUGUACUCCCUCCCUAAGUCUGUGCUAGGAGCGCUGAUCUCUGUCAACCUCAAGAACUCCCUCAAGCAACUCGCCGACCCCUACUACCUGUGGAAGAAGAACAAACUGGACUGUUGUGUCUGGGUGGUCAGCUUCCUCUCCUCCUUCUUCCUGAGCCUGCCAUACGGGGUGGCCGUGGGGGUCACCUUCUCCGUCCUGGUGGUGGUCUUCCAGACCCAGUUUCGAAACGGUCAUGCUCUGGCCCAGGUCGUGGACACAGACAUUUAUGUGAAUCCCAAGGCCUAUAGCAGGGUCCAGGAAAUCGAGGGGAUUAAGAUCGUCACUUACUGCUCCCCUCUCUACUUCGCCAACUCAGAGAUCUUCAGGCAAAAGAUCAUCUCCAAGACAGGUAUGGAUCCCCAGAAAGUAUUACUGGCCAAGCAAAAACAGCUCCGGAAGCAGGAGAAGAUGAGGACGAUGCCCACACAACAGAGGGAUUCGCUGUUCAUGAAAACCAAGACCGUCUCCCUGCAGGAGCUCCAGCAGGACUUCGAGAACCCCUCCCCCACCGACCCCAACAACAACCAGACGCCUGCGAAUGGCGCCAGCGUAUCGUACAUCAACUUCAGCCCCGCUGCCCCCUCAGCUGCCCAGGGCCAGCCCCCGGCCGCUGCUGAGCUCCUCGGUGAGCCCGAGGCCACGCUGGCCAGCGUCCCGCCCUUCAUCACUUUCCACACCCUCAUCCUCGACCUGAGUGGGGUCAGCUUCGUGGACUUGAUGGGCAUCAAAGCCUUGGCCAAGCUGAGCUCCACGUACGAGAAGAUCGGAGUAAGGGUCUUCUUGGUGAACAUCCACGCCCAGGUGUACAAUGACCUCAGCCACGGAGGCGUCUUCGACGACGGGUGUCUGAAGCGCCACCACAUCUUCCCCAGCACACACGAUGCCGUCCUCUUUGCCCAAGCAGAUGCCCGAGAGGUGGCCCCAGGACACAGCUUCCCAGGGGUUCCUGAGGACACCGAACACUCCUUGUGCAACUCAGAGGAGGAGAGCCCCAGCUACUGGGACCUAGAGCAGGAAAUGUUUGGGAGCAUGUUCCACACAGAGACCCUGACUGCCCUGUGA